ACUCUAGCGAGAUGUUAUGAGCCUUAUCGGAUACAUACGCCCACUCUCCGAUGCAAAAGUACCAUCUAACCGACAUAUCACAUCCCCCAGGCCCUCUUCGCAGAGCGCAUCCUGCACAUCGAGCUCAUCUACGAGCCCAUCUUCGACGCCGUCUCCGCCGCGGCCCUCCUCCGCCUCGCCCGCACCUGCCGCGCCGCACACCGCGCCAUCGCCGCCUACACCCGCCUCGCCUUCGACAUCGACCGCCUCCUCGCGCGCUUCUUCCCCUCCCCCUUCGCCCCCUGUGCGUCCUUCUGCGCGUCCCCGGCCCCGCACGCGCACACGGAGCUCUAUGCACGGGCAAGGGCGUUUCGUGCAAUGCAGGCGCGCACGGGCACGCUCGUCUCGGGCUCGUCCGCGCUCCAGUUCUUCGACCGCACGCUGUACCCAGAGUCGGACCUGGACCUGUACGUGCACGCAAGGCACCGCCGGGAGGUCGGACGGUGGCUGGUCGAGGAGGGGUAUGCGUUUGCGCCGACGGAGCACCAGGACCCGCGGUUUGAGGUCGAGGUCGUGCAUGGGAUGACGACGCGCGAGGACGGGAUUUACAGCAUGCCUGGGGUCGCGGCGAUCCUGACGUUCACGAAGCCCGCGCCGAGGCUGGGGGCCCAGCGCGUCGUUGCGGAGGAGUCGGAAGAGGAGCUGGAGGUGCAGCUGGAAGAGCGGGAGCCGCGCCCGCUCAAGGUGCAGAUCAUCGUCGCCAAGAACACGCCCAUGGAGGCCAUCCUCGCCUUCCACUCCACAUGCGUGAUGAACGUGAUCAGCUACGAGAAAGCCUACUGCCUCUUCCCGCGCGCCACGCUUGAGAAGCGCCUCUCCCUCCUCUCCUCCUCCUGCCGCGGCCGCUCCAAGCGCCGCUCGGCCGGGCUCGAAAAGUACGCGCGGCGCGGGUUCCGCAUGCUCGCCACGCUGCCCCCCGACGAGCUCGAGCCCGACCCCGCGUCCGCCCUGACCGCCGCGGCGAGCGCGCCCUUCCCCGACGCGCUCGCGUACGCGCCCUUCCUCUACGGGCGCCCCACCGCGCUCGCCAUCGUCGGGCGCAGAUCUCCUGCCCCUGCGGCGGGGGCGGCCCAGCACAAGCCGUGGCCGGCGUUCCGCGUCGGCUGGCGCUGGAUCGACGACUCUGCCUCCUGGGUGCUCCCGCUCUCUCUCACAGGCAUCGCGCUGCCCCCCGCGGCGAACACGACUACCCCAGUGCUGACACACGAUCCCGUCGCGGUGUGCAACUGGGAGGUGCGCUACCCGGUCCCCGCGCGCCGCCACGGACGUGCGCGGCACGACCCUGGGGCGGUGAUGCACUUCGAGGUCGCGACGGGGAAGGUGCUGCGCUACCGGUACUUGGUGACGGACGCGGACUUGCUCACGUUCUUGGGGCGGGAGCUGAGCGCAAGGGCAAGGGCGGAGGACUUGAAGGAGGAUGCGGAGUUGGAGGAUCGGACGUACUAUGACUGGGAGCUGCGGGACUUGUGUCGCGAGUUCCUGCAUGGGUUCGCGUCGCGCCGUAUGGGCAGUCUGCGGGCUUGAGCCGGCGCUCGGCGCAGUGCUCGUUGGGCUUCUUCUUGGUUAGUUGGCCGUUGUUGGUUUGAUUUUAACGUUUGCAGCUUGUCAGCGUGACCGGACAAGUCGGCCAGUGAGAGAGAUUCUUGCUGCUAUGCUACGAGUGCUCCGUCUAUACCCUCUCUGGAGUUUGCUGUGUAGAUUUGCGCCUGUGCUGAACUUCUUGUUGGGACACUGUACCUGCAUGGGCUGUACAUAUCUCGGGUGUUGUACUUCUGUACCAGACCAUGAUGCGAUUCAGGCGUUGUUCUACAAAUCACAAUUACAAUGAGCUC